AACAAACCGACUUUCAAAGGAAGAUAAAUUGCCACUCCUUGCCUAAGAAACUGUACCAUGAAGAUCCAUCUCUUUCUCUUUAUUCUUCUCCUUUGUGUCACAAUUUCACCAGCAAAAUGGAAGCUUCCUGAGUACGGUAGCUUGGAUUUGAGGAGUGAGUGCAGGAUGGGUAAAGGUCACUGCAAAACCCAGUGCUCUGAAAACGAACACAGGAUUGCUUUCUGCAUAAGACCUGGAACUCACUGCUGCAUCUAGAAUUAAAGGAGGUGGAUGAAAAGAUGCACACAACCCAAGAAGAAGAACAAGUCUAAUUAAGUCUUCCCAGGAAAACUUUCAAGAUAUGUGUGUCUCCAUAAAGCAUAAAGAAUGAAAUAAAAUUUAAUCCUGAAUCAUUCA